CCCCGGGCAAUAGGGGAUCAUGGGGCCCCUGUGUCCUUGCCUAAACUCAAAAAAGCCUAUGAAAAAGGUACCAGGGGCAUCUCAUGGGGCCCCCUACUGACCCCAGGCCCUCGGGCAGUGCCCGAGUUUCCAAAUGGUCAGUCCGCCCCUGGCCCUCGGACAGUGCCCGAGUUUCCAAAUGGUCAGUCCGCCCCUGGUAGCGUUACAUGCCUAUUUUUACACUUCUUUUUAUUUGCGAGUGAAUCUUAUCUUUGAUUAUUAAAAGCUGUUUUACCUUACUAUGCUUAGUGGCCUCUUGUCCUCUCUCCUCCCUUGCUUAUAUUCCAGAGUUGCUUCUUACUGUAAGGACCAGACUGCUGCUUAGUGGACUAAUAGUU